AUGGAUGCUCGAGCAGACACGUUGUCGGGCCGCUUUGGGGGGCAAUGGGCCUUUCUCUCCACGCCGCCUCAACAUGGGCAGGCAAGAUCCCUUCCUCCGUCGUCGAGUUACCUACGAAGCGACCGUAGCAACGUCUCUCCCUUACCAACCGCCCUUCACUUCCAUCAGCUCAAUGCCUCCCGUUCCAGCUUACCCAGGAACGUUCAAAACCCCUCUAUUGGUGGUAACAGUUCGACCAGCAUCCCUUCUCAACCUGUUCUCCUUCGAGUCCACUCUGACGAUGCCGCUAUACAAAUCCGCCCUACAACUCGCUUACCCCGGCCACGAGCCAACAUAAGUCACGUAAAGAUGAACAACGAGCUCCCACCCAUCCAAGAGUAUAGCAUUCAAGGCAUCCUGGCCGCCAUUGAGGAGGAUAUUGAGGAAGAUGUCAAUGCCAUAUCCGAAAUCUUGGGAAGAAGCAGGCUUGUAUUGGCAGAUCAACAUGACAGUCACCUCCCUCCUCAGGGCGAGAUCAGAGCUACGAGUAGCCCUCUACAAGCCGUGGCAGAAGCGAGCUCGAGCAAUGAAAGACUGGCCGCGGCCGACAAUGUUCUCAUAUUAAGAGAAGACGCCAGUCUGAUUGACGGAAGUCAUACCGGGUCCGCGGCUUACGGCCUCUUGGAAAGAUUGCAAGCCCUUCCACGGAACAGACGUGUCAGGAGCGACUUCUCGGGGCCUCCUGGCUCCAGACCUGGUACCAGCUCCGUCCGCAAUUUCUCAUCACCCCCUGAACGGGCAGAUAUGCCCGCCGUAGUUGAGGAUCCUGAUCGUAUUGCGGUCCCUGGCCUUUCUCCAUCGUCACGACGACUCCUUCGAGAUCACGUCAAGGAGAAUGAAACCGGCGCAGCUCCAUCCAGAGCUACAAAUGCCAUGGUAUCUGAGACAUAUCUGUCUGCGGGCGCCAAUGCGACAACGAUAUCAGACCCUCCGGUAGUCUCUGAAGGUGGUCGACAUUAUCCACUCUACAGCUAUGAUUACAGCGAGCUGUUUGAGGGACCGAUGCCUUCAGCUCCCCCCCCUCGAAUGACAUUUCGCGAUUGGUUACAAUCACUCAUUCCCACCAGAGAGUGGCAAAGUUUGGCAUCUUGGGUUCACGGACAAGGAAGUCAUGUGGUCAGUGCGGAGUCCCAACUCCGGGAGAUACUUGACCGACAGCGACGCAUGAGCGGACCACGAAACAACUUGGGAUCUGGUCACGAAGAUACCGACAUGUACGGAUCAUGA